UGCACGCCAUCAGUCACAUCACCACCAGGCACAAGUCUCCGCCGAGCAGUGUCGUGGGAUGGUCACUCAGGGCUCCGCGGACCAACACACACCAUACCUCCCUUUGCCGCGGCCACCAUGACGCCGAGCCCUGCAGCCGAGCAUCUUCCCCUCCCUGAGGCUAAAUUGGGGUACCUGAACGAAACUUUUGACCCUGAUGAAAAUUGUUCCUGCAACGUACCAAGAGAUGCUACAAACUCCUCAAGAGGCAGGUGUCAGUGCGAGACACCCAAACCCACCAAAAAUACUUCGACGCCCACCGAUAUCUCUUCAGAGGAGGCUCAUCAUGCAACUGACCCACGAGCUGCGGAGGGAGGAGGGAGGGAAAACAGGAACAGUCGUGUAGUGAAAUCGAAGACCGUAAUUGAUGUUGAGUUUGAGAAAAAUGACGAAGCAUUUCAACAUAAAUCUGUGGAUAAUUGUGACUCAGACAGCACGGAAGCGGAGGCUCCUGAAGGUGGCUGGGGCUACAUCGUCCUCUUGGGAGCCUUCAUAAUAGCGUUUAUGAAUGGAUUGGGGUCAUUGUGCUUUGGAAUCUUGUUCACCGACUUCCUGCUGGAGGCCGGGGCGUCCCUGACCACCACCGCGGCACUUAUCACCACUUACGGCAGCGUCAUGUGCCUGGCCUUCCUGCUGGCCGGGCCCCUCUUGGAGUGCUGGGGCUGGCGGACGGUUGUGAUGGGGGGCGGUAUACUCUUUUCUUCCGGACUAAUCAUAACAGCCUUCAGUCCAUCGGUGGAAUUUCUAUUCUUUUCAUACUCUCUAUUAACAGGUUUUGGCACUGGCGUGUGUACCGUGGCGGCGUUGGGCAUUCCUUCCUUUUAUUUCAAGCGGAAGCGAGGGAUGGCAAGCUCUUUCGUUCUAUGUGGAGUUAAUGUAGGCGGUUUCGCAGGGCCACCUUUGGUGGCCUACCUGCUACGUGAGUAUGGCUUCAGGGGCGCCACCCUGAUCACCGCGGCCAUCACCCUUCACGUCUGUUUCUCGGCAACUGUGUUUCACCCUGUGGAGUGGCACACCCCAAGGCGGGGCAACGACAAAGCCAGAGCGCCUAUCAAGCCCAAAAAUAAACGGACGAUGGUCAGUACUCUUACUUGCUACUGGAGGCUCCUCAAAUAUGCACGUACUUACGUAAUUAUAGUUGCCUUUGCUGCUAUAAAUGGCAUAUUGCGAACUGCUGUCUCGCUGGUGUCGCUGGUGCUGGAAACAAAUGGACACACGCGAGAGGACGCCGCUUUCAUCACAUCAAUCGUCGGUGUUUGCGGCUUCGUCGGUCGCCUAGUUGUAUCGUCAGUUGCGGACACGGCAUGGUUCAACGUGAGAGUGGGCUACAUCGCCUUAAUAUCCGUCGCAAUCGUCUCGUUAAUAGUCUUCAGCGCGACUGAGGAAAUUUUGUGGAUAACGGUCGCAAUGGCGCUGCACGGAGUAGGCAUGAGUGGUUGUUACAGCCUCGGACCGCUGUUAAUGGUGAACUACAUGGGCCUCAAAAAUCUGAUGCCUCUCCUGGCUCUCGCUGGGAUUACGACAGCCGUUUUCCAGCCCGCCAUAACCCCACUCUUUGGCGUCUUCGAAACCUUGACCGGCGGCUACAGUGGCCCCAUAUUGUUCUUGAGCUCUGAAGCCUGUCUGGCGGGGGUCCUGUGGCUUCUCAUGCCGCUUGCUGAAGCAUUCGACAAGAGGAGAAUAACACACAAGUCAUCGGCGGGCUGAAGAAUGAAUGAAUGAAUGUCAAAUGUGUAAAUUACGUGAUUAAAGAAAUAUGCGAC